AUAUCAAGCCUAUAUCUUCUAAAUGCAAAUGUGUUCUAGCUUAUAGAUAUUCUAUAACUAACAUACCAAUUCUGACAUCUAAAAAAAACUAUAUUUAUUUUCACAGGACCUUCAAGUUGCAUUAAAAAGUGCACUGAGAACAAAGUUCAUGUUAAUAUCUGACUGCCAUAAUACACCAUGUUUGUUUUGAAUUAUUCUCCGAUUGCCAAGUGCCUGUCAGUGUAUAAUCUCCACACUUAUAGAGUUUAUACAUCAUUAACCACAUGUAGCCUAAAUAGUGCACUACUUAGACACUAAAUCACAUUUAUGAUCAGACCACAAGUGAUCAUAUACAGAAUAAACAAUAACAAAAAUAAUGAGGGUAUAUGAAAACUGCUCAUUCACUGAUAUAAAGGGAUGCAGUGCAAAGCAAGACUAUAGUACUAGUUAGUGUACAGUAAAUAAGUAUCAUUGCAGUACAGCACUGUUGGCAGAGAGCAGGCUUGUGCUCCGUUAAACAGGCUGUGAAAUUGAAAUCAUGUGUUGGUCCUGCUGUUUUUGGGGCAGGUUCUCUUCAGAAGAACAGAUUACUGUUGUUUUGCUCUCUCAGGCUGCACAUACGCUGAGGAAAAAAUGGAUCUCAAAGCUGUCAAGUUUCUUUUGUGCGUCAUUUGUUUGGUGAAGUCCAGUCCUGAGCAGAGCCUGACAAAGAGGAAGAACGGGAAAAAAGAGUCGAACAGCGCUGCUAUUGAAGAGCUGAAGAAACAGAUCGAUCAGAUCAUUCAGGAUCUCAAUCUGCUGAAGGAACAACAGGCCUUACAAACAGUGUGUCUAAAAGGCUUCAAGAUCCCAGGCAAAUGCUUUCUUGUGGACACAGUGAAGAAAGAUUUCCACUCGGCCAAUGAUGAUUGCAUUGCUAAAGGAGGGAUUCUCAGCACUCCAAUGUCCGGCCAUGAAAACGACCAGCUCCAGGAGUACGUCCAGCAGACCGUCGGCCCAGAAACACACAUCUGGCUGGGGGUCAAUGACAUGAUAAAGGAGGGUGAGUGGAUAGACUUGACAGGCUCACCAAUACGCUUUAAGAACUGGGAAUCGGAGAUUACACACCAGCCUGAUGGAGGACGCACACACAACUGCGCUGUCCUGUCCAGUACGGCCAACGGGAAGUGGUUUGAUGAGGACUGCCGUGGAGAAAAGGCGUCUGUGUGCCAGUUUAAUAUCGUUUGAAUUAUUAAAGGGGUGGUAUUAGAGGGGUAGCAGUGGUCCCCCAAGAAUAUGCAUGGCUCGCCUGAUAAUUCACUGAAAAAUCCUGUACAUUUAUGGUACAAUGCUAUUGGAUUAAAGUGCUGUCAAUUUCACAAUGCUCAA